AUGAAAGCAAAGGAAGAAGAAAAGGUCAUGCUCCAGAUCGACGCGAUCAAAGCAGCGGAUGAAGCAGCCAAGCGCCACGAAACACUUGUUGCCAUCGUGAGCGAGGGAAAACUGUGGCCGACCUCCACUGGACAGUUCAAAACGGCCUUCACCAAGAUGAAGCAAGAGCUUGGUCUCGAAGACCUCGAGUACGGUGAGGUCUACAUGGCCUUCAGUGAUGCCAUGCAACUCAACAUGAGCGAGCAGAAGAAGGCAGAAGCAGCGACAGCGAUCGACGAGCUCAAGCGAGGUCGAAGGCCUCACGCAAAGUCGAUCUUUGAAACUGUUCACGCUGUCAUGUUCUCAGAAUAA